AUGUUCCGCAAGGCUGCUGCGAGGUCUUUCUGCAACAGAGAGAAGCGGCGUUUGCGCGCAAGAACGUACCAGCUGCGUGGGCGUAGGUGCAGCCAGUAUCACGCGGACAUUCAGCAGCAGCUGCUUGACAGACCAAGGCCCACGCCGAAAGAAGCCGCCUCGACACUCCAGAAGAAGCUGCGCACGCCCAGCCAUGGAACGGACAAUGUUGGUGAUGCGGUCGAGGUUGCAAUGCUAGCAGCAGCCUUGGCUGCCAUGCCCUUGCUCCUCUUGUGUUGUACCGCGGAAAUUUCCAAGAAGGUGGUUUCGUUGGUCUGGGCGCGGCAAAGGUGCGUGCUUCUGCAAGCGCACUGCGCAGCGCCGGGCCUCAUCUGUAACCGCCGGCGCCCUGGCGGAGUAAUGCGCUUUGGAGCCUUGAAGCAGACAGUGAAAGCAUUCAUGGCUUUUGUGCGGGAGUUUGUUCUCCAAGAGACGGAACUUGCACCAGCCAUCAUGAGGUUUGCCCGGGCGCGGAAUCCUCUCGUCUUGGAGUAUACCACUGCAUUGUUACAGAUCGUUGCUGUGGCUAGCGACAACCAGACCACAGAGGAGGGAGUGCCUGACUGGGUGGCCCAAAUCAAGGGUUUCCGCUUUGAACAGCACAAUCCAGAGUGGUGUAGAUAUGUGAACAGAGAGCUUAGUGGUGGCACGGGCAUGUCCCCUGGCGCCUAUGGAGGGUACUAUGACGACCAGGGAAGUCCUCGUGAUGAUGAGGAAGAGUUUGCUUUCCACUGGAGCGCCCGGCACGGUUACUGA